AUGGCAGAGUACACUACCGAGACAACCACUGGAACUCUAGCUCGCAAGGUGACAUCCAGAAAGACGGGCAGGACCGAAGAUUACGAGCUUGUCACUUUCACGCCAGGUGACAAGGAGAACCCGAAGAACUGGAGCAAGGCAUACAAAUGGUGGUGUACCAUGGUCGUCGCGAUAACCUGUUUCGCUGUCGCUUUCAACAGCGCUGUCAUCACCGCAGAUAUGAUCGGCGUUGAGCGAACCUUUGGAGUCAGCGAAGAAGUCGCCCUUCUUACCAUUACAGUUUUUGUUGUAGGGUUUGGUGUUGGUCCUAUGGCCUUCGCACCCUUCAGUGAGACCUUUGGUCGUCGUCCUGUAUACGCCAGUACCUUGUUGAUCGCACUCGUCUUCGUCAUCCCUUGUGCUGUUGCAAAGAAUAUUGGGACCUUGCUUGUCUGUCGUCUGAUCGAUGGUAUCGCCUUUUCAGCACCCAUGGUCCUAGUCGGUGGAACACUUGCCGAUCUGUGGAAGGCCGAAGAAAGAGGCGUGCCCAUGGCUGCUUUCAGUGCUGCACCAUUCGUCGGACCAGCCAUUGGACCACUCGUUGGAGGCUUCACCUCUGACAACCUCGGCUGGCGUUGGUUGUACUGGUUGCAGCUUAUCUUGUCCGGCUUCGUAUACAUUCUCAUCGUCUUCACGGUCCCAGAGACGUAUGCGCCUAUCAUCCUCGCGAAGCGCGCAAAGAAGAUGAGAAAAGAGACAGGCGACAACAGAUACGUCAGCGAGUCUGAUCUCGACACAAGGCCCAUCGGCGAAAGAAUGCGUGUCUUCAUCCUUCGACCCUUCCAACUUUUGUUCCGCGAACUCAUCGUCUUUCUCAUUUCACUUUACAUGAGUGUUUUGUACGGCCUGCUGUACAUGUUCUUCGUUGCCUUCCCGAUUAUCUAUCAGGAAGGAAAAGGAUAUUCAGCCAGUACCACUGGUCUUAUGUUCAUUCCUCUGGCGAUCGGCGUGAUAGGAAGUGCUUUCCUAGCACCUCUAAUCAACAGAGACUAUGCGAAGAGAUCGAUAAAGUUCCAGGGCAAGCCACCGGCAGAGCAGCGUCUGGUCCCGAUGAUGUUUAGUUGUUGGUUCAUUGCAAUCGGCAUGUUCAUCUUUGCCUGGACAUCGUAUCCCCGUCUUCAUUGGAUGGGUCCUGCAAUGGGCGGUUUCUGCAUCGGUUUCGGCUUCAUUCCCUGCUACAACAGCGCCAACAACUACCUCGUCGAUACGUACCAACAUUCGGCUGCGUCUGCACUUGCGGCAAAGACAUUCAUUCGAAGCUUCUGGGGAGCCGGCGUCGUCUUGUUCACGGAACAGAUGUUCCAUCGUCUCGGUUAUCAGUGGGCUGGAACUCUGAUGGCUUUCAUUGCUCUUGCUUGUUGUGCGAUUCCGUAUGGCUUCUAUUUCUUCGGUGAUCGUAUCAGAAAAUUCUCCAGAUACGCGUAUGCUGGAGAUGACGAGGAGAACGUUGCUUCCAAGGAAAUAGAGGCGCACUAG